AUGAGCCUGCAUGAAGCGGAGGAGUGUGAGGCAGCUGAGGCUGAUGGCUUGCUUCCACACUAUCUCGGUGAUGAUCCACGGCCAACAAGUAAGCGAGAGCUUGCUGGCUGGUAUUGUUAUGGCUGGGCAGCUGAGGUCUUUACCGUCUGUGCCAUGGGCUCCUUUCUUCCGAUCACACUCGAACAGCUGGCAAGAGACCGCGGCGUUCUCCUUUCCGACAAGACCACCCCCUGUACCCCGACAUGGAGCCCGUCAAAGGAAACACCCGGUCAUCCAGAUGGAUAUCAGACCCAAGGCUCCGAUGCCGGCCAGUGCAUCAUCUACUUUCUCGGUGCCGAGAUAAAUACGGCAAGCUUCGCCUUGUAUACCUUUUCUCUCAGCGUCCUUGUACAAGCGAUUCUGAUCAUAUCCAUGUCCGGUGCUGCCGAUCAUGGAAGCUACCGCAAGAAGCUGCUUGUCACAUUUGCAUUUAUCGGUGCGACUGCAACGAUGUUGUUCCUUGCGGUGGUUCCCCGAGUCUAUCUUCUCGGAGGACUCCUUGCCAUCGUUGCUAAUACCUGCUUUGGUGCGUCCUUUGUCCUCCUCAACUCGUUCUUACCGGUCCUCGUUCGGCAUCAUCCGUUGGUCUUGAAAAAGAGCAUGGAUGUUCAAGACGCAUUAGAUGCUACUAGCCCAUCUAGAGAGAAUGGUGGUUCGUUCGAAAAUGGAACUCCACGACCGGAUGUCUCCACGCCACUCCUGGCAUCUGACUCGUCGGUGGAGGAGAGCCCACUGGACAUAAUGACCUCAGUGGAACUCCGAGUAUCCACCAAGAUCUCAUCCUAUGGGAUCGGAAUAGGCUAUAUCGGUGCCGUGGUCCUGCAGAUGAUGGCUAUCCUGGUGGUGGUAGUCUUCCAUCAGACCACUUUUUCCCUGCGUCUGGUAUUAUUCCUGAUCGGAUUGUGGUGGUUUGUCUUCACCAUUCCAGCCACUUUCUGGCUUCGCGCCCGUCCAGGUCCACCUCUUCUAGCGAGCGAUGGGAAGCCAUUAGACUCCUGGGCGGCAUACCUGACCUACUCAUGGAAGUCCCUUGCAAAGACAGCCAUGCGCGCACGACGCCUAAAGGACAUUCUGAUCUUCUUGGCGGCAUGGUUUCUCCUCAGCGAUGGCAUUGCUACCGUCAGUGGUACGGCAGUGCUGUUUGCCAAAACCGAGCUUGACAUGAAACCCGCGGCGCUGGGACUGAUCAAUGUGAUUGUCAUGGUGGCCGGAGUGUUUGGUGCAUUCUCAUGGAGCUACGUGUCGGGGCUACUUGGUCUUCGGACGUCGCAGACCAUCAUUGCUUGCAUCAUUCUGUUUGAGAUUAUUCCGAUCUAUGGAAUUCUCGGCUUCUUUCCAUCUAUACAGCGAAUGGGGAUUGGCCUUCAACAGCCCUGGGAGAUGUACCCCCUAGGCGCGGUCUACGGGUUGGUGAUGGGUGGCCUCUCCUCAUACUGUCGAAGCUUCUUCGCCGAGCUAAUCCCACCGGGCUACGAGGCAGCGUUCUACGCUUUGUAUGCAAUCACCGACAAAGGAUCGAGUAUCUUUGGACCGGCCAUUGUCGGGGCGAUCACCGACCGCUACGGCCAGAUCCGACCAGCCUUUGUUUUCCUGGCCAUUCUCAUCUUCCUCCCAUUGCCAUUGAUGCUGCUAGUUGAUGUGGACCGGGGAAAGCGGGACGCGCUAGAGCUAGGUGCCGAACUGGACCGCCUAUCUGAAACAGCGGGCAACGGGGCCAUCUCCGUUGACGCGGAGGAGGAGUCCGAAGUAACGAGGUCCGUAGUGCCUGUGGUUCCUGCAGUGCACACAGUGCCUGAAUUGUAG